AUGUUCUCGGUGCCGUGCGAGGGCCCGUUCGGAUGUUUCGACUACCACGGGACGCGACUCGUGUGCAUAGAUGAGGCCAGAAACUUGGUAAGAGCACAAUUUCAUGAAUAAUGGCAAUGGUCUCUUGGGGGCCUAACCAAGAUUGCUCAACAAAGAGCCUUUUUUUCAGGUCCUCAUAACACAUACGGAUGGGCCGGAAAUUGAAAAGUACACUUUGCCAUCGAGUUUGAGCAAGGAUCACUAUGUAUGGGUGAAAACAUGUUUCAUCAACGGGUUGGUCUGACAGGAAGAGAAAAUAAAACAAAAGUUCUCAUAAUGGUCAAUUUCAGACGUUUUCUUCUUGGUCUACUGAAAUCUCACCACGAUAAGUCGUUUCACUUGAUGACUGUCAGCUUCAAUCACGACCAAACAUGCUCGAUCCUGAAGCAUGUUCCGACGAAAAUAAUGUGUCAUGGCUUGCGGGUAGGACUAAAAGUCAUCAGCAAAUCGCAAAUCCACCUGCUCUUCUGUUUUUAGGUGGAAGCUCACCGCAGCAUGAGCCAGAUUGUGUUCAGUAUUUGCAAUACGAAAGUGUUAGUGAAGAGAUCUAUUCAGCGGACAAGUGACAGACAGUCGUUUAUGAAACAAUUGAGACAGGAAGAGGAUAAAGCGAAUGGAGAGAAGACGGUGACUGUGGAGACAAUAGUCGAGGAGACCACAGGGGAGGAAAUGAUAUUCGAGGAGAAAAAAGAGGAUGCGGUGUCCGUGGACGAUGAAAAGAAGAUGAUCGAAAGUGUCCUUCUUCUUGUCAAAGUCGAGCCGGAUGGAGACAUCAUUCCAACUAUCCUGUCAACCGGACGCAGACGCUACGGAAUCAAAAUUCACAGAACGCGAAGUAUCAGAGAGUUCCGAAGAACGUUCAGUACCAAGUUCAUGACGAGGUUUCCGGGUUCCAUCCAAUAAACACACAAUAUUCAUUCGUUUUCAGAUGGAGAUGCUUGGUUCCCAUCCAGAAUUCAUGCGAGCCCUUUUUGUGGGGCAACAACGCGUGCAUCAUCUCACGCGACAACCCAACGUGUUUUUAUCUUGCCCACACAAUUCUGAACCCAAAAAGCGGGAUUCUUGCAUCGCUUUUGCAUAAAUUGAGCCAUAGAUUCAGGUAAUAAUGACAAUUUUUCUCUUUUUAUGGAAAUCAUGUUUUUCAGAACGCAUACGCCCGUGACUGAGCCAGUGCAAAGCCCAAUUCGUGGACAGGGACCACCCUCGGCUCUCAUUUGGAGUAACAUUGACAUUCUUGGGGGAAUGCCCACUUUUCUGACUCUGGUUGGACGAUAGAGCGUGGUUGAAAAGUACUUCAUCGUUUCCAGAACUCGGAAACUCUGAAAAUCACAAAAUGGCAAGUGGUGCGCGAUGUUUACGGUCAUUUCGAUUGGCGGAAGACCGAGUUGGACAUUGAAGGGCCAGAAGGAACAUGCCGGAUCCUCUACAAGUGCAAUUCGGAGAACAACAACUCUUCCGAUUUCACAAUCCGUUUCCAACUGCAAAAGUCCGACGGAAAAUCUCAUUUCUAUCACUUCUCAAUCCCGCGCAUUGUCGUUCAAGUUUCCCCGUGA